GAGAGUUGUUGCGAGAGAGGAGGUGUUAUUUAACAAUUAAUAUUAACUUGUUUACCAUUUCUGUAGAAGUUAUAGUUUUGAUAGCUGAAGCAGGAGAGCUUGUGAGCCUCUUCCUCUCUUCCUCUCUCUCUCUCUCUCACCUGGAGCAGUUUGGAGACACGAUGCCGGAUGCAGAGGACGCGAACGGGGAUGAUGCAGCAGGAGAAUCCGACAUCAUGUCCCAGGCCAAUCUCCUGGCUGCGUUCACAGAGAGCGCCGAGGUCCGAGCCCUGAUCUCCAGCCUGGUGGAGCUGCAGGAGGAGAACAGUAAAGCCCAGGAGGUCACCAUCCAGAGGUUCAAGGUUAUAAUGAACCUCUAUCAAGAGCAGCCGCAUCUUCUCGACCCUCACCUGGAGUGGAUGGUGAACAUGCUGCUGGACCUGGUCCGUAGCAAAACGUCUUCCCCGCUGCUCAUCCACCUCAGCUUUAAAUUCCUCUACAUCAUCUCAAAGGUUAGAGGCUACAAGAUCUUCAUGCAGCUUUUUCCACAUGAGGUUUCGGACAUGCAGCCAGUGCUCGACCUCCUGUGCAGACAGGACCCGAAGGACACCGAGACAUGGGAAACCCGCUACAUGCUCCUCCUGUGGCUCUCCAUGACUUGCCUCAUCCCAUUUGACCUCUCGCGCCUGGACGGCUGUCUGACCUCUGACCCAGAGCAGAAAAGAGAGCCCAUCAUGGAUCGCAUCCUCUCCAUCGCCAAGUCCUACCUUCAAGUCAGCGAUAAAUCCAGAGAUGCUGCAUCGGUGCUCGUGUCAAAAUUUGUCACGCGGCCGGACGUGAAGCAGAAACGCUUGGGGGAGUUCCUGGACUGGACCCUCAGCACCAUCUUCCAGUCCAGCGAUAUGAGUGUGUUGGACACCGUGGCGCUUGACGGAGCCCUGCAGUCUCUGGCUCAGCUCUUCAAGCACGGCAAGCGAGAGGACUUCCUGCAGUAUGCCCCCUUGGUGCUUCAAUGCCUGGACCAGAAGAAGAUAUCAGAGAGCAGUCAGACCUUGCUGCGGAAGCUGGCUGUGAAGGUGGUGCAGAGGCUUGGGUUAACGUUUUUGAAGCCGCGGCUGGCCAGGUGGAGAUACCAGAGAGGAAGCCGGUCUCUGGCGGUAAACCUCAGCCAGUCGGCGGCUGCUGGAAAAGUGCAGGAUGUGAAACCCGACUUGGGGUCCAUCACCCCAGAGGAGGACUACGAGAUCCCAGAAGAGGUGGAGAACGUCAUUGAGCAGCUACUGGUUGGUCUAAAAGACAAAGAGACGAUAGUGCGCUGGUCUGCCGCUAAAGGUAUUGGGAGGGUGACUGGGAGGCUACCCAAGGAACUGGCAGAUGACGUGGUGGGAUCAGUCCUGGACUGCUUCAGCUUCCAGGAGACUGAGAACUCAUGGCAUGGGGGUUGCCUUGCCCUAGCAGAACUUGGUCGCAGAGGAUUGCUACUUCCUUCACGCCUUUCAGAUGUGGUCCCAUUGAUCCUGAAGGCCCUAGUAUACGAUGAAAGAAGGGGAUCCUGCAGUCUCGGCUGGAACGUGCGAGAUGCGGCUUGUUACGUGUGCUGGGCGUUCGCCCGUGCCUACGAACCCAAAGAACUGGAGCCUUAUGUUAAUCAGAUCUCAAGCACUCUGGUCAUCGUCGCUCUCUUUGACCGGGACAUUAGCUGCAGAAAAGCCGCCUCGGCUGCUUUCCAAGAAAAUGUUGGCAGACAGGGCACGUUCCCACACGGCAUCGAUAUCUUAACAGCCGCUGACUACUUCGCCGUCUGGAACCUGAACAACUGCUACCUGACCAUCAGCGUCUACAUAGCCGGUUUUGAGGAGUACACCAAACCGAUGAUCGAGCACCUGGUGACCAGGAAGAUCAACCACUGGGACGGGGCGAUCCGAGAACUGGCUACAAAAUCGCUUCACAACCUCACGCCACAGGCUCCAGAUUACAUGGCCAACACAGUUCUCCCACAGCUGUUGACGAUGGUGACGGGAAGCGACAUGCACAGCCGCCAUGGAGCGAUACUGGCCUGUGCCGAGAUCACACAUGCCCUGUAUAAAGUCGCCGCUCAGAAUAACCGACCAGUCACUGACUUCCUGUCCUCAGAAUCCAUCGAAGGUCUCAAAGCCAUUCACCAGACGCUCUCAGACAGGAAGCAGUACAGAGGGUUCGGUGGAGAGCUGAUGCGGCCUGCAGUGUGUGUCCUUAUCGAGAAGCUCUCACUCUCCAGAAUGCCUUUUAAAGACGAUCCGGUCAUCAAUGGCUGGCAGUCGCUCAUAGACGAGAGUCUGAACGCCAAGCAGAACAUCCAGGAGGCAGCGGUCUCGGCUCUCGCAGCUCUGUGUCAGCAAUAUUAUCAGAUCCAGCCCGGGUUGGCAGACACACACAUGCAAGAACAAUUGCUGAGACAGUAUCUAACCGGUCUGAAGAGCACCGACGUUCAGAUGCGCUGUGGCUGCGCUUUAGCUUUGGGUUCUCUUUCAGACUUCAUGAUCCACAACAAACUGCAGCAGGUGUUAGACGGCCUUCGGGAAGCCUGCCGGCUCACACAGAAGGAAGGCGGGUUUGCGGAGGCCAGGAGAGACGCUGCCUCGGCUCUGGCUCAGGUGUGUGUCACCGUAGGAGUGUGUGCCCAGGCCAGUCCGGACAGCGCAGUGUGUGAGGGAAACGUAAGCGAUGUGUAUGAAGCCCUGCUGGACUGCAUGAACGAUUACACCACAGACAGCCGAGGAGACGUGGGGUCCUGGGUGCGUGCGGCAGCCAUGACGGGUUUACAGGACGUGACUCUGAAGGUGGCAGGCUCCGUCCCGGACCUGCUUUCUCCUGACAUUUGUGAGCGGAUGAUGUGCUGCCUGGCCCAGCAGGCUGCAGAGAAGAUCGAUGGGUUCAGAAAGCACGCUGGCGCUGUGUUCCUUCGCCUCCUUCACAGCACAGAGCCUGCAGUACCUCACAUCCCCCACCAGGAGGAGCUGCUCAAAAUCUUCCCUCCAUCUGAUGCGCAGUCUCUGAACUGGAGCGCUCCGUCUCAGGCCUUCCCUCUCAUCACACGUCUCCUGGAGCUGCCAGUGUACCGCUACCGCACGCUGCUGGGCCUGGCCGUGUCUGUAGGGGGCCUCACCGAGUCCACGGUCCGAUACUCCUCACAGUCUCUGUUCAAGCACCUGAUGAGCAUCCAGCAGGACGAGGCGGAGAUGAAACAGUUUGGAGACACACUCCUGCUCAUCUUUAGAGAUAAUCUGCACAAUGACAGAGUCUCAGUGCCUGUGCUGAGUAUGAUAGACCAGAUGUUGGCCAACAGCUGCUUCCAGCUCUUCAUCCAGCAGGACAAUCACCCGUUCUGUGUGGAGCUGUUGUCUCUGUGUAUGGAGGAGAUUAGGAGGUCAAAGGACGUUAGAAAGUUACGUGCCGGCAUCUCAGUGUACUGUGGCCUGAUCCAGUUUCAGGGGGACGUGAGGAAGAAGAUCCUGGUGCAGCUCAUGCUACUGCUGUGUCACCCUUUCCCUGUGAUCAGGAACACCACGGCCGCUCAGGUGUACGAGAUGCUGCUGAUGUAUGAUGACGUGGUCGAUGCGGCGGUGCUUGAUGAUGUCAUGACGGUCCUAAGCGACAGUAACUGGGAGAGCGAGCUGAGCGUGGUGCGGACUUACAGGAACCAGAUCUGUGAUUGGCUAGGAUUGCCCCGGCCCACACUUUUAACCAAGAGACCUGUAAAUUAGUUGACUGAACCCGGAGUGUGUGAAAGUGCGUGCAGGUGAACUUCCUGUUUCUCAUCUGUACAGCUCAGCAGUUUUCUUGUUCCAUGUUAAAUAAACAGAAAUAAUCUUCAUAACCUUGUUAGUCUUUCGGCUGCUCCUAUCGAGGGGUCGCCACAGCGGACCAUGCGAUCCACACAACAACUUGGCACAGGUUUUUUACGCCGGCUGCCCUUCCUGACGCGACCCUCCGUGCUUGGGAACCGGUACUGCAUCCAGCGGCUGGAGUUUGUGCAUCAGGUUAGAAUAAAACCCGAGCCUUCUGCACGGCAGGCGAGAAACCUACUACUGAGCCACCAACGCCCAAUAAUCUCCAUACUGCAUUAACACUUAAUAAACAUUUCAUGCUUAAACUGUU